UUCUCUUGGAUGCGAUUUUUAAAUUUAGCGCCUUGUAGUUCGCAAUUUUACCACCAGUGGCUAAGAACAAAAAACAAAUGUCAAUAAACUCACAUAUUUGUGAGUUGAUUUUUAAUACUCGCACGACAUAAUAAACAAUUACUAUGGCAGAUAGAAGGUCUUAUGGUUCUUCUUCGGGCGAUGAUCCACCGAAUUCGAGGUUGUUCAUUGUAGGUAGUAAAAUGUUAAAAGAGGAAGAUUUUAGAAAUGCAUUUAGUAAAUUUGGAACUAUAGAAGAAUUGUGGGUGGUAAAAGACAGAUCUACAGGUGAAAACAAAGGAGUCACUUACAUUAAAUUUUCCAAAACUUCAGAAGCAGCAAACGCCCUAGAAGGUUUAAAUGGCAAACAUAUAGGAAAUUCCAAUAGGACUAUUAAAGUUAUGAUAGCAGCAAGUCGAGAAGAAGGAGCCAAAAGGGAAUCAAAUGAAGAAGAAAAAAUGCUGAGAUUAUUUGUGGUGGUUCCCAAAACAAUGACAGAUGAACAAUUGUAUGAGGAAUUUAAAGUAUUUGGCAGUAUUGACUAUGCAACUACCAUUAAAGACAAAGAAACAAAAGAGAGUAAAGGUUUUGCUUAUGUUAAAUUUCACAAGUUUUCUCAUGCUGCAAAAGCAUUUGAAGAGUGCGACAGAAAAUAUCGACCUGUCUUCGCCGAACCUAGAAAAUCUCAACAAGAACGAAUGGCGGCUCAAGAAACAUUCGUGAAAGGGACCAGCAACACAACCUUGAAUCUCUUGGAUUUACCUGAAGAAGGUUACACACGUCUGAUCGUGAUUGGUAGCCCUUUCAUCAACCAAGACCAAUUCUGGAGACUGUGCGAUCUUAUUCCCGGUUUGGAUUACUGCCAAGUUAACUAUGAAGGCAGACCUAGGCCUACUCAGGCAGUUGCAGAAGUGGUUUACACGUCGUCACAAGCUGCGGCUUAUGCCAAAGAGAAACUGCACGGUUUCGAGUAUCCGAUCGGUCACAGGUUGAUCGUUAGACCUGAUCAUAGCAGUAGAGCUAAUUUGGAUGUAAGAUCGUCGGGUUUCGAUAGCAAGCAAACCUUCGAUAGUCGGAAUUUGAUAGACAGGCCCGGUUUCUCAAAUAGCAGCAAAAUAAUGGAUAAAACCAAACCCGAUAUUUUACAGAUUGCCGAAACAAUAGCUCACGCUUCUAGUAUUAUCCAAGCUGCAGCCUUAUCUCCAGAUCUUCUUCAAGCAAAACUAGGCUUUGGAAAUCUAGGAAUAAGUAAAGAAGUUGAAUCUAAAUGCAGUGUGGAAUUACCAGAGGUGCACCAAAUGGCUGGGGCUGAUGAUUCUGUUGUCGCUCGAUGUUUUAUAGUCUGUUAUCCAACUCCUCUUCAAAAAACCGUUCUGAAAGAUGUGUUCUGUAGAUUUGGAAAUCUUAUCGACGUGUACCUGUUAAAUAACAGAAACUGCGGUUACGCAAACUACGCAAGCAAAAAAUCGGCAGAUGAUGCAAUUAAAUGUUUACAUGGGUGUGAGAUAAUGGGCGUGCGAUUAAAAGUAAUGGAAGCGGAGGAGAAGCCGGAUCCGCAAAGAAAACGACAAAGGAUAGAGAGCCCCUUUUGAAGUUUGACCUAUUUGACGUUGGACAGAGACUUACCAAGUUUUAUAUGCAUUAUUUUAAUUUGGUACAACGUAUGACAAGAAACAAUACGAACAAUACCCAUUUUAUUUACUUUUAGAUAGGAUCUUUGCCUUUUGUAUAGUUUUUGUUUGUGUGUUGUUUUUAAAAAUAAAUUUCUUUAAUGUA